UCGGCCCCUGUACCCUUUCUGGCCUGGCCCUUGGCCUGCUGCUGCUCUGUCCCGGAGGGGUGUGCGGCGAGCAGCUAGGCCCGGUGCAAGCUCUCCCUGCAGAUGGAGGCAGUCAGCCUCGGCCUCUUUGUGCUGGGCCUCCUGCUGCUGCCUCUCUUGGCCGUGCUGCUGAUGGCACUGUGUGUGCGUUGCCGAGAGCUGCCAGGCUCAUAUGACACUGCUGCCUCCGAUGGUUUGACCCCAAGUAGCAUCGUGAUCAAAUCGCCUCCCACACUCGCCUCCUGGCCACCAGCCACUUCCUACCCGCCUGUGACCUACCUGCUGCAGAGCCAGCCAGACCUGCUCCCCAUCCCGAGAUCCCCACAGCCCCCCGGAGGCUCCCACCACAUGCCGUCUUCCCAGCAGGACUCAGAUGGUGCCAACAGUGUGGCCAGCUACGAGAACGAGGGUGCGUCAGGGACCCCGGCGGCCCUGGUUGGGAGGACGCUGGGGCCUGUCCUGUGCUCUGCUGACCCUGUGUCGUUAACCCCCCCAGAGGCGGUCUGUGAGGAUGCGGACGAAGACGAGGAUGAGGAAGACUAUCCCAACGAGGGCUACUUGGUCGUGCUUCCUGACAGCGUCCCGGCCACUGGCGCCGCCGUCCCACCAGCUCCUGUGUCCAGCAACCCUGGCCUCCGAGAUAGCGCCUUCUCCGUGAAGUCGGGGGAAGAUUACGUGAACGUUCCUGAAAGUGAGGAGAGUGCGGAUGCGUCCCUGGAUGGGAGCCGGGAGUAUGUGAACGUGUCCCAGGAGCUGCCGCCCGUGGCGAGGACCAAGCCUGGUGUGUGUCGGGGGAGCCAGCCGGAGUUCCCAGGAGAUGGAAGAUGAGGAAACUCCAGAUUAUGAGAAUCUCCAGAUUCACUGAAGGCCUGUGAGAGGCCGUGCGGGUUCUGGAGCCAGCCUUGCCUGGGAGUGCUGAGCUGAGCAGCCGGCAGUGGCUCUGUGGGCCCCCGCUUGGCACCCCGCCCCGUCUCCAACCUGACGACAGCCUGAGAACUUUCCCCCUAACUUAUUGUCACUUUGGGGUCCAGUCUGUGUGGCCCCAGUACCCUGCACCUUCUGACGCAGCCUGAGAAUGAAUCACCCCGGCCCCAGCCCUUCUUUGUAACAGAAUAAAGGCUGCUGUGGUCUGUAGUGCUCUUAGCUUUGGGGGGCGCAGUGGGUCGGAGUCAGGGUGAGGGUGGGCUGUGUCUGAGGUCCUGAGUGUGUGUGUGUGUUUAUGGGUCUCCAUCCUCACAGACCCUCUGUGCUCCCGAGGGUCCUGACCAGGUAUGUGUGAGUGACUGAACAAAGCCUGGGACACGUCACCUUCUGAGUGAGGCAGUUCUGAGCCCAGCUGGCACUCCUGGGGCUCAGGUGCGUCUCCUCAUGAGAUAGUCCUUGGAAGUGGCAGACGACGGCCAAGGUGAUGGGAGAACAGGGCGUGGGG